GCCCCACAGCGCCACCGUGGCGGAAUGCGUGACUCCCUGCCCGUCUCCGGGCGCCUCCGCGCACGCGUGUUGCCGUCGCGGGGCCGCGCAGCCGGGAUGGCGCCGCCGGGUCCGGGUCCCGCCGGGCCGUGCCUGCGCUCCGCCAACACGCGCGAACUCUCCGAGGUCGUCUUCAACAACCGCAGCCCGCGCGCCGUGCUCCCCAUCUGGGUGGACUUCGAGGGCCGGCCGCGCUACUACCCCGUGCUGCGGCCGCGCACCGGGCGGAUCAUGCACAGCUACCGCGGGCACCUGUGGCUGUUCCGCGACGCGGGCACGCACGACGGGCUGCUCGUCAACCGGCAGGAGCUGUUCGUGGCCGCGCCGGACGUCAACAAGGCCGACAUCACGCUGCCAGUGUUCACGCUGAAGGAGCGGUGCCUGCAGGUGGUGCGCAGCCUGGUCCGGCCGGGGGACUACCGGAAGCUGGACAUCGUGCGCUCGCUGUACGAGGAGCUGGAGGACCACCCCGACGUCAAGAAGGACCUGCAGCGGCUCUCCAUGGAGAGGAGCAAAACGUUACAGGAGGAAAUCCUCCACUAACAGGGCUGUGCGUCCCGAGCCGUGUAGAUAGCAAAGCACCGAGCUUAGGAGGGGCAGCCGCCGUGCAGCGUGCCGGGAGCUAACGUCUGCAUCGACGUUCUGGAACGAACUCAGUCAUGCUGUAGAACAUUUGCUAUGCUGGUAGGUCAGAUUCCAAAGAGCAAACAGUGUGCAGGAACGUACUGCUUUGUGAGGGCUCUGCUCCCGGUCUCAUGCACUGGUGAGCAGUGACCCCAGUGGCCUGGCACAGACGGGGCUCAGAGAAGCUUGCUUCCGACUGUUUCAGAACAUUCCAUAGUAACACAAGAUUUAUCCGUCUGGAGGAAAUACAUGCAGCUCAGCUUCCUCUGAGUUAGAAAGAAAACUACAUCAAGGGUUCACUUAAUCCAGACUAUAAAAUCAGUGGCAGAGCAGCACCAGGUUUGCUUGAAUGAUUUGGUUUUGGCAGAAAUUCGCUCUCACAUGCUAAAUUUACUUUUGAAUCACAAAGCGUGGAGCGUGUUCAUGUGAGAGCUUCCACGGUUGCCUUCUGAGGGCUCGGCCCAAAACUUCUGUGCUGGCGGAAAGAUGUCCGUAAGCAUUUCUGUGUUAGCCUCUGUCUGUGCGUUCAUAAACCCUCAUUGUAGCAACUCUGAAGCUGACAAAUUCUUACACAGAACAUGCCUUGAAUGCCUUAAUUUGUCUUUCAUUCCUGAAUUCCUGCUUAGUUUAUCUCUAGAUGAUGGAACCUUGUCAGCCAUAUGGACUGCAUCUUGGUUUUAGGACCCCUUUCUGCUUUGCACCUCUGUGCCCACACCCUCAGCUCCCAUAGUGGUAUACCAAGGGAGCGUUCCCAGAAGGUGGGUGCUCUGAGCCUCAUCUUUCCCUUGUCCCAGGGAUUGGCCUUGGGGAGCACAGUCCGCCCAGGCCGCUGGUGCCCCCUGAGGCACAGAAGCUGCCCCAGCUGCAGGCGUGGCUCCCCCAAGCAGAGCUGUGCUUUUCAGCAGGCCAGCUGCACAGAGAGAAAUCAUAGAAUCACAGAAUCAUACAAUGGCCUGGGCUGAAAAGGACCACAAUGCCCAUCCAGUUCCAACCCCCUGCUAUGUGCAGGGUCACCAACCAGCAGACCAGGCUGCCCAGAGCCACAUCCAGCCUGGCCUUGAAUGCCUCCAGGGAUGGGGCCUCCUUGGGCGACCUGUUCCAAUGCAUCAACACCCUCCAAGUGAAAAACUUCCUCCUGAUAUACCUGAACAUCCCCUGUCUUAUUUAAGAUCAUUCCCCCUUGUCCUGUCACUAUCCACCCUCGUGAACAGCUGUUCCCCUUCCUGUUUAUAUGCUUCCUAAAAUCAAGAAAGGUUCUAGGCCUAUAUGUUCUCUUCCCCCAUACAUCAAAUACACAGGUGUGUGUCUGUAUGUCUCUGUGCAUAACUCAAAGCAGCGUUGUUUUUAGCAGAUAGGUGAAUUGUUCCCCAAGUUGCAGGCAGGCGCAGUGCUGCUCAGCAUGCAGAGCAGCAGGUUGCUAACAGAUAGCAGCAGGCUGUUCUGUGGUGUAAGGUUCUUAAGUAUGCAAUGUGUGCCCUUCUCGUGGACUUUUUUUUUCUUAAAUGUUUGUGUAUGAACUGAUCUUUGUUUCUCAUAAAAAUGUAAAUCCAUGUUAA